AUGAAUAAGCUAUUUCUUGUUCUAAUCGUCGCUGCUAGACAGGCAAAUGCAGGUGGAGGUGGCGAUGAUAGUCCACCACCGUGCUAUGAAAAUGAUGGCCACCUUAAGAUUGGCUCGAGUUGUGUAAGCUGCUCUGUUGGCUGUAAAACCUGCUUUGGGAGCGCUUUCUGAUAUCAAUGCGCCUCAUGCUACUCAGGCUAUGAACUAAUGAACAAUCUUUGCUUGCCAAAAGUUCACUUACAACCUGUUUCAUUUAAUUUUAGCAGUCAAGUUAAUCUUGGCAUAGAGAUAAACGAAGUCUUCCAAGCAGGAUCAAAUAGCAAGAAUAAGUACCCAGACUAUGAUGCAAAUGACCCAUAUCCUACUUUUCAGAGAGGCUACUAUUAUAAUAAUAGCUCCUACAUGGCUUCCGAUAAGUUUAAUUUGAGUCCCUGGUUUUCUAACUCUUUCUGAGUCAAACCGUACUCAGCUGGAAGCAUAUUUCUGAAAAGAGACUCAAGCAGCGUUCUUCUAAGUCUCUCAAUAUCUUCUAACAAUGUACUUGCUUAUAGCAUCAAAUUAGCAAAUGGAGUCACCUUAAGUUUGCAUCAUUCAACAAUAAAUAGCGUUCUUAAUGUUUGGAAUCAGAUCGCCAUUACUUGUGAUUUAGCUAUCGACCAAUGAGUUACGAAAAUUCAGCUCAUUCAUAAUGGAAAAGUUAUAACUGAAUCCCAAGCUACCAUACAAGAUUGGUAUAAUGAUCCUCCAACAGCAAUAAUUGGAAAUGACCCCAAAGGAAGCCAAACCUUUACUGGAUUUAUAUGAAGUUUAAAAUAUUAUGAUAAUUCAACUUUGUGGCAUGCCGAUUAUCAAAUUUCAACCUACUGUGCAUCAGGGUGUUCGUUUUGCUCUGAAGAUUUAACUUGUCCUGAUUACUGCGAUUUUGGUCAAUUUAAUGAUAAUGGAGUGUGUGUUGACUGCUUAAGUGAGUGCACAUAUGGUUGCAGAACAGCAGAGAGAUGCAAUAUAUGCGAGACUAAAGAAUGCUACUCAUGCAGUGAUUCUUUUGUCUGUGAUACUUGUGUAACCAGGGGAAAUUUGACUAACAGAGUAUGUGAGUGCAAUUUAAACUCAUUUUUUAAUGAGACAACAAAAAUUUGUGACAUAUGUGACAACGGCUAUUGCAGUCAAUGCUUAACUGUAAAUUAUUUUGACUGCAAAGUCUGUGGCCCUAAUUAUGAAUUAAUAGGCACCGUUUGCUUGGUACAUACUCCAUCAGGUUGGGAUAGCUCAAAAACUCAGCCUUAUGUAGCAUAUGACAUCCCUUUCUGAACUGGUGCUUAUCAAGGAGAGUUCGGGAUUUUUAAGACAGGAGAAGAUAAAGCAAGUUGCCUUAAAGGCGUAUCACGCUUAACAUUCCCUAUGGUAUUACCAACACAAGAGCUAUAUCCACCUUUAAAGCAUCGGCUCACAUGUCACUAUGUAGACCAGCUUUUUUACUAUAAAAUUUCGCUAGGGCAAGCUUCGAUGACUGUAAGCGAGCGAUUUCUGACUUCCUUUGCACCUUGAGACAACUAAAGGCUCCUUCGAUGUCGCAGGAUGAGAGUGUUAUAUAAUCUUAUGACUUUCGAAUUUUCUUGGAUCUGGCCAGAGGUUAGUCUCCUCUAUCUAAGUUACUUACCAGUCUUGCCAAAUAAAAUUGCCAUGCAAAGCAAAGUCUCAUAAUCAUAAAAUGCAAAACAAAUAUUGAUCAACAGAUCGAUACCGUACUGAUGUCCCAUUUUAAUGAUUAUAGGUUGUCCCAGAAAAAAAUUUCACUCCACUUUCUCUGUGACAAACAAAAAAAUUGUUUUUUAAAUUUAUAUGUAAUUUUUUUUUCAAAAUUUAAAAAAUAAUUCGAAUUAAAAAUUAAUUGAACUUGUGAAAUUUGUUGUUUUUAAAUGCAAGCUGUAAAAAAAAUUUUGUUUUUUACCCAAAAAAUAGGGAUUUUCCAAUGGUAUGGUUCGCUUACAGAGGGAGGAGUCAGGGCUUGUUUCUUAUAGCCAUUUUCCAAUUAAAAUGACUGUAAAUUAAAAUUCCUAGAAAAAACUAUACCCUUUAAAAGUAUUUCAGCAGAAUCUAAUUAUUAAAAGUUAAGGAUAAGCAUGCAGAAAUUCAUGGAUAAAUAGAAAGCAGAGUGGUCAAAGCAACUUUAAAAUGCAUAAUUAAUAUGCUUCUAGCCAACCUAAACUAUAAUUUUAGGCAAAAAGACUUAAAGCUCAUCAUAAAUAAUAAAUGUUUAUAUGGAAAAAAAAAUUAUUUUAAUUUACCGCCAUUUUAACUGGAAAAAGGCUCCAGAAAGCAACUCCUGAGUUUUUCUAGACAACCCAUGAUUAUGGAGCAGAUAAAACUAGUUAUUAUCCAUUUAAUACUCCAGAAGAAUUAAUGGACCCAAUCCCAAUAGAAAAUCGAGGAUUGUAUUUUUCUAAAUGGAAAUUUUAGUUAUAUUAAUGAUGCAUAUUUAUAGCCUUACUUUCAUAUAACAUGAGUUUUACAGAGUCGUUUGUGGGCUACUCGCUAGAGGCGUGAAAUUUGAAGUAAAUUCCUUAGCAUUGAGCCUACUUGCUUGAUCAAUUUCCCUAAUUAAUUCACUCAAAUGCAAAUUAUGCUGGGAGCAUCCAUUCAAAUCUAAGCACCGUCAUUACUCAACUCUUCUUAGCUUAGGCCAGAUACCCCUUUAAUCAGGACUUUUUACAACUAGAAAUAAUUUCGCCCCUUGGGAUUUUCGAGCCUGACUUCCCUUAAUCCUCUGCAUGAGCUCAAAAAACCUAACUAGCUUUCGCCAUUCGCACAUAAAUUAAGCAGCUUAGGUAUGUAGAUUGCCCUGCCUCUAUUGGAAGCCAAGCCUGGGCUUCAGCGCUACUGGUCAAAGGUUGCAAAAAACGUCACUCGAGCGAGCCACUCAUCAGCGAAAAUAAUCUGAAUCUUUCGCUUCAAGGCUAAGCUAACUCUUGGGCGGUUCUUUGCUACAAAACUACUUCCAGAAAUGCAUAAGGGCGCACACACUGAGGUUGGGUCUCUAAUGACAAGCCAUUUGAUGUAUGCAAUGGAAAUUUUUUGAAUUCAAGUCUAAUCUACUUGCCUCAUAGUUUUACUAUGAUAAUUUGUAUCAACCCCAAAAAUGGAGAUUUUUUGGAAAAAGGAAACUUGAGCAUCAAUUCUAAUGGCAAAGCGAGCAUUAUUCUCCAAGACCCCCUCAAUAAUUUGAUGCAUAUUGUUACGCUUACACCCUCUCUGUAAGCGAAUAAAAAUUUUUUAUCAAAAAAUAAUUUGAUAUAUUAAUAAUAAUAAUUAUUAUAAUGAAAUAUAUAGCUAAUUCUGUUUGAUUUAAACAGUUUGCAUUUUAAAACAUAAAUUUUCACAAAUUAAACUAAUUUUUGCUUCUCAAUUCUUACAAAUUGGAAUUUUUUUAAAAAUUUAAAAAAAAUUAACCCCCUGUGAGAUAACAAAAUUUUUGGUUCGCUCAUGAUGGGAUGGAUUAGCGAAUUUCCACUUAAGGAUUGAACUUAUUUUACUCUAGUGGUUUCUUAUUUUAACUCAACCACAACGCUGUCAACAUACUCUAAUGGAAAUCUGCUAUUCUUGUAUUCCUAUUAUCCAUGGAUAUUUAGAGAUUCCUCAUUAUCUUCAAUGCUUCUCGCAAGGAGCCAAGACAGUAUCUAUGAUGGUUUUAUUUACAUAAUUCAGGAGAUUAUUGGACAAAUAAGCGACAUAGUAAGCUACAUAGAAAAUGAAGCCAGUUUAAACCAAUUACCGUCCUGUGAUUAUGAUUACACCUUUGAUCAAAAUGGAACCUGCAUCUCCUGCAACUCUUCAUGCACUAUAGGCUGUAUUCGAGAAUCAAACUGUAAUCUGUGCCAUGAUCAGUUAUGCCGAAACUGCUCUGGGCCUUUAGAAGAAUCUACUUGUUUUAAUUGCUCAUGACUUUCCCACAAUUUAUAUCCUAAUGAGUGCAUCUGCGACGACAAUGCAUUUUUAAUCAAAAACAGCUCGAACUGAUAUUGCGAGCAUUGCGAAUAUAAUUACUGUGCUUUUUGCAACGAUAAUGGACAUUUUGAAUGCCAAGGCUGCAAGUCAGGCGUUCUUGUGAACACUGUUUGUCUUGAUGAGUAUCCGCUCGGAUAUUUUGAGUGUUCUGGUAAGAAUUGCCUUUUAAGUCAAAUUAACCCGAAUGAAAAUUUCAGAGGGAGGUAUGGGAUAUUCAUUGGCGGUUCCACGAAGGAUUUAUUUCCGCAUUUCAAUGGCUCUGAAAAAGAAGACCCAACCCCUGUAGACCGCCGAGGCUUCUACUUUGAUGGUGCCUUGCAAUUUUUCCAAACAGAACAUUUUACUUAUUUAGGCCACAUCUUUUCAAUUGGGGGGUGGUUUUCUGUCUUAGGGACCGGGGAUAUUCUUGAGCACUACAAUAGACUUUUAUUAGCAAGCAAUGGGUCUCUUUCAAUAACCUUGCAAGAUAGAGAUCAAAAAGAGUUUACAUUUACCUCUCCAGGCAUGAUCUUUUCUGGCUGAUCUCAUCUUGCUUACACUGUAUUUUAUGCAAACUCUACAACUUCUCUUAAGGUGUUUCUAUCUCCUCUCUUUUAGUGAGCGAGCUGAAUUUUUUUUGGAAUUUAAAAAUUUAAAGAAAAUUGAAUUUUUAUAUUUUAUAUUUUUAUAGAAGAACUGCUUAAAUUUAUUAGAAUUUUCUAUAGGAUUUAUAUAAAUCGAAAAUUAGCUAAUUUUUUGGUCUAUCACUAAUGAUUGAUUUUUUCACUAAAUAUAAGGACUUUCCAUAAGUUUUGCUCGCUAGGUUAGGAGAGAGUAAAUAAUGAAGUAUUUUUUGAGAGAGAUUUUCCAAAUUUAUUAUUUAGAGAUAUUUCAAACUCUACUCUUUUCAUCGGAAAAAGUCCUAAUUCUAACUUCUAUGGAUUUCUAUACAAUUUCAAAAUGUGAUGGUUAAAAUAAUUAUCCAGAUAAAUUCUUUUAAUAAAAAUAAAAAAUUGUAUAGAAUUUUUUCUGACCAAAUGUGAAAAUUUUGCAAAACAGGCGUUUAUCUACGAGUUUAAAAAUGAAGUCUGCGGGUAUGGAAAGAAUGGAACCUGUCUUCCACUCUGCAGCAUAGACGAAUAUUAUCAAGAAUGGGAAGGAUCAGAGCCAUCCUGCGAAAAAUGUCUUCGCUCAUGCGAUAAGGGCUGCAUCAGAAAAGACACAUGCAAUAUUUGCCAAGACGUUUUAUGUGCUGUUUGUCCUUAUUUUGGACGUACUCGCUGCAGCCAGUGUAUUCCUUAUGCAUAUGGAAUAGAAAAGUGUAAGUGCAUUGAAAACUAUUGCUUAUCUCUUGAUAGAUUAUCAUGCAUUAAAUUUCCAUACGAAAACAGUCCAGAGAAAUACUGGAUCCACUUUUUACCAAAUACGACAAUCAUAGUUGGAAAGUGAAGUGAUGAUUUUGUCAUAAAUACAAUCCAUCCAUGAAUGAUAGAUGUUCACCUCCUUGAUAGUGAUGUCGUAACCUUCAGCAAUAAGGCUUGCACCUUCAACCCUUUCUACGAAAAUUUCACAUGCUCAUUUAAUGUGCUUGUAGAUCCAAGCUACGAUAAUAAGAAUGGCCCUAUCACUAUCAAAGCUAAGUUCCAAGGCUACGUCUAUCCAAUGACCUUUCCUGUAUCUUAUGAUGAUUUUUCUGUUUCACUUAUGAGUCGCCCUGAGCGCUUGGGAGUUGUAUUUUACGCAGGCUAUAACUACAUUCAAAUAACGCCGGACGAGGAAUUAUCGUUUAAUGAUGACCUUUGCAGUGAUGAAAACUGUACACAUGCAGCGUGCGAUGAGCUCCUUUCUCAAAAAUCGAUUUCUUCUAUAGGAUCAAAUAUUGAUUGUACUUAUUCUGGACCAGGUAUAAUAUCAAUAUACGUAGGGCAUGUCAAAGAUAAUACAAAUUCCUUGAUUUUCAGAGAAAAUGUUUUUUAUGGCUCAAGCACUAACGAAAAAAACUUAAAAUAUUUGGCCAUACCUUGGAAACUUCAAAAGCCGCCAUUACCUGUUGCUUCAAUAGUUCCAUUAGCUGAAACUUGCUGCUCAUGCAUUGCUAUUUUUGAUGGUUCUAGAUCUUCAACUCGAUUAAGCUAAUUUUUAGUUAUUAAGUGGCCGGCCAAAAGCGUAUGAAGUGUAAGCUCUCGUCCCAGCAAGGAGCAGCAAUCACCAUAGACUUCUAGUGCAAAUGGAGAAUAAUAAUAAAACUAUUCUUUUAUUUUUUCCGACCAGAGUUACCUAUCCUAAUGAUCAGCCUGCUGGGGCCAAGUAAUCAUUGAGAGUGUCCGUAUUUCCUGAUAAGGAAAGGCCAUGUGGCAGAUAUUUCUAAACCAUAAGAGUUUGAUUUACUUCCCCUAAUUUGGUUUACUAAAGUUUGACAAAUAUGGAAUUAGCAAAUAAAAAAUUUCAAGAGUCAAUGCACAAUAGAGGAGAACUUAGACACUUUAAGAAGUGUAGUAAACAUAUAGAUGUGGUUUAAUUAUUUUUUAAAUAUACAUUUAUUUCUACAUUUUAUACAGAUCAAAGCAAUUGACUAAAACUCUAGAAGAUUUUCCUUAAAUGUGAAAUAAGCUAUAGGCAAUGCCUUUGCGUAGCGCGCUAAGCGUCCGAGACUUCCCGACGAAGUCUGGGCGGUGGUUUGACCAGCUGAUAUUGGUCAAACCAGCAUCCAAUUUGACAAAUCUUCUAUAUGAGAAGAAUUUGUCAUUUUGGAUGUUGGUUUGACCAACAUCAGCUGGUCAAACCACCGCCCAGACUUCGUCGGGAAGCCUCGGGCGCUAGCGCGCUACUCAAAGGCAUUGCCUAUAUACCUCAAGAUAGAUUUUGCCUCCUUCAUAGGAAGUGCGCCUUGGAGUCAAUCACCCGUCAGUAUCACAAUUUUUUUCUCUAACUCGAUUAGGAAGCUUAAAAUACCUAUGAAUCUUAAGCGAAUUUAUGCUUUAUUCUGGUGAUGACACCGAGAGAAUAACAAACAUAACAUUGCAAAGCUGUAAUAUAGCUAAAGAUCAUAAACAAUUUAAUGUUACUUUAAUAGUCACCGACAAUUUCGACCAACAAGCUAGCGCAAGCAUGACAGUAGAUAUGACAAGCGAUGACGUUUUAAUUCGAGGGUGAAAGGAUCCCAAAAUCAAGACAACUAUUAAUGAUAUUUCCAAACUGAUUUUUGAUUAUCAGAAGAGUUCCAAAAUCCAUCUUGAUCCCAACCCAAUGGUUAUAUGAAGCUUAUUCAAAAAAUUAUCUACAAGAGGGCUGCUUGGAAGUAAAAUCUAUGAGUCUGCAGGGGUUGAGUUUGAUUAUACAUUUACACAAAAAGGAGAAUAUAUAAUAGUUUUGGAUGCCUAUUUUAAUAACAACACUUAUAAGAUUUCAGCAAAUGCUUCAAUAAUUGCUAACCCUCCAGUUCCUGACUUGGUCCUGAGUGGAGUCAAUACUUAUGUAUUUGCAAACUCAAAUAUUACUGUAAAUUUGACAGCAAGCUAUAAAGGAGAAGUUUUUGAGCUUGAUAAAGGCUACGCUUUUAUUAAUAAAAUUGAAUGCUCUAAUGGCGAAUUUAUUGAGGUUGCUGGAGAUAUUUUCAAGCUGAGAGUAUUUAAUAAAGAAAGAAUAUUUAAUUGUAGUUUUACAAUUGGCUUGAGGGAUUAUCCUGAAUAUGAAUCUGAAGUCAGCUGGCUCUAUGUGGUGAAAGGAAAUAUCCCAAGGGUGUACAUUGUUUCCAUGUUUCCUUAUUUAGAUCCCUCAGCGCCAGUAAGACUAAUCGCAGACGUAGCGGACUCUUUGAGAAUGAUAAUUUCUUGGAGAGAAAAGAACGGCCAUCCAUUCAUUGCGACUACGCCAACAGAUCAGCCGAGUAUGACAAUUCAAGAAUUCAGUAUGCUCUGUGGAUUAGAUUACGAAUUUGAAAUCACUGUUAUUGAUCCGGUUUCUUUCGUCCCUGUCAAAGCUUCUAUCAAAAGAUAUGUAAACUGUCCCCCUAACUCAGGGACUUUUGAGGUUGAUCCUAAAGAAGGCCGAGCCUUGGAUACUCAGUUUAAUGUUUUAUUUGCAGGCUGGAACGAUUUAGAAGGGGACGAUCCCAUUUCUUACCAAGUGUUUAUGCAAAAAGACGAAAAUAUGAUUGCCCUGACUCCAAAAACAACUGAAAAUAAGUUCAAAAUAGUGCUAGGGGAGAGGGGAAAAGUUACUCUUGUAGGGAGGAUUUAUGAUUCACGAGGCACCUUUACCGAAGCCGAACUUCAGGUUGACGUUAAUGAUUCAGGUUUUGUUGAUGCUAAAGAAAGAUCAGAAAUAUUGCUAAACAGUGGAAUGGAAACAAUGGACUCAAAUAUGCUCUUCUCUUCCAUCCACUCAAUUGCUCAUUAUGCUUUCCAUAACACUCUAAACUUAAAUGACUUGACAAAAUGCAUAGAAAAUCUCGACGGAACUUUGAACAAAUGGAUGAACUCUUCAAUGCCAAGAAUCGGGCUGUCUGAAUCCAGCUCUGUCAUUGAUGCAGUCUACACUUUGCUUGAAAAAGCAGAAGUCUAUAAAGAAAAGCUGCUGCUUGAUAUUUAUAGUACUCAAAACAAAGCUUUAAACCACACAAAGACUCUUGACGUCCGCACAUACACUAUCAUUCUUUCUAAUCUUGAUAAGCUGCUUGAUAGCCUUCAGGCAUUAUCAUCUCAAAAUGAAAGCGCUUAUACCGAAAUGGACCUCUUCAAAAUGAUCAACCAAACUCUCAGUGAAGGGACUCUAAAGUAUUUGCAGACAAUUAAUCCCAACGAAAGUCCUGUAAAAUACUGAGGCAAGAAAUUUAACUCCACCUGUCUUUCAGCUGAUGGAAAAUCGCUAGCGAAACCUAUCAAAUACGACUCACCGAUAGAAGGCAGUUCUACUAAGUUUAAUGUCAAUACCUCCAAGAACUCUGACUCUACAAGCUACUUAGUCUCAAUCCUUUCAGUUGCUCCAUUCAAGAAUAUUUCAGAUGCCCUUCUGAGCUCUGCAAGUAGCUCUCUGGCUUCUUUUGAAGACUACUCAUUUACUGAAGGAUCAGUUGUUUCUUCUGACUCUGCUGUAAUAAAAAAAUACUCUUAUUCAGAUGAGCUUACAUCAGUAUGGGUGCAGCCGAGCUUAUCUAAAAAUACUGGAACCAUUAUUAACCCAGUCUUAUCUUCUGAGCCGGUGACUGAAGUUAGCAGUGAAGUCUCAUAUGAAACAGUUAAUAGCAGUUUGGAACCAACGUGCACUGUUUAUGAUCUAAACAUUGAAAAAAGCUCAUUUAAGUAUUGUACGACGAUUUUACGAGAAAACGGAUCAGCAACUUGCGUUUGCGAAGUUGUAGGGCUUUUUGGAGUGCAGCCUUAUCCGACAAUUUUAAACCUUGUGGAGAAUAGGUUCGAAGUAUGAAUGGAUCUUGGCAUCCCAACAGUUGGCAUCACUCCUGUUUUAGUCAUUUUUGGAAUUAUUUUGCUUUUAUACAAAUUAGGAUGGAAGGAUGCUAACAAAUCUGAUGAAAUCAAUGGAGAUCUUUUAAAAAUGAAUGUAUUAGAAGCUAAUAAAACACUUCUUAAGGAAAUCGGGGCAUUUACAAACGAAUUAGAUCAACUAUCAGAAAAAUGAGAUAAUGAAGUUUUAGAAAAUUUGAAAAAACUCCUAGAUGAGAAGAUGAAAUCUAAAUAUAAUGAUGAGGUUCGCAAAUUCUCGCUUACAGAUGAAAACAUUGGAGAUUGCAUUGAAAAUUACAUAGAUAGUCAAAAUUUUGAUGAUCUGAAAUGUCUAAUAAGUGAUUUGCUAGAUCGAAAUGACGAAUUCAAAGCUGAAGUGAAAGCCCUACGCCAGAAGUAUAAUUAUUUUAUUAGGAAGAUUGACUUAGAUGAAAUAUAUGAUUGAUGGAGAGCAAGGCCGGUUCUUGAAAGAAUGAGAAAAGCUAUUGUAUCAUCCUUGGAAUCAAAAGAAAAAAAAGUAGAUUGCAUCAUUAUUUUGGAUAUAAAAUCACAUAUAGCUCUGUUAAACUCAAUAGACAAAUUGAAACCUCAUAUCAUUAGAUACAUAAAGCAAAAUAAUAUUGAUGGGAUUUAUCAUUAUAAAAAACAGAAUACAGGUGCAAGUGUUUCAUUCGAGAUAAUAGAUAAUACUAAUAACAACGUUGAAGAAUGUAAUGAAGAAAAUAUCAAUUUAGGAUUUGACUCACAAAAUACUCAAGAGGAUGAUAGUUUUGAGUUUACAACAUUUUUAUCAAAGUCAAUAGGAGCCUUGCAAACUGAAGCAAUAACAAGCAAAAACUAUGAGAAAAAUUAUUUUGGAUAUUUUAUAAAACAUAAUGAUAUCUUAGGAGUUAUUGGAUACACUGAUUUGAACUCUCCAAGGAGAUUUAGGCUGACUUAUUUAAUAUUAGCAAUUUGCACUGAGAUUACGAUUGCCAUUUCAGCCUUUGAUAACUAUAAUCGACAAAUAGAUAGAGAGGUAUGAUUGCUAUUUUAUUUUCAGCAGCAGAGCUUCUGGAUUUUUGUUUUAUCAAUCGGUUUUGGGCUAUUGCCUUUAUUCACAAAGCUCUGCUUCAAUUACAAUGUUUUGAGCAGCCAAUUUGAGAAACACAAGCUCUUGAAACGCACAAAUAAAAGCAUAAUAGCUGGCUAUAUUGUUAGUUGAUUAAUGAUUCUAGGAGAAUUUGUUUAUUGUCUAUUUAAGCUCAAAUUGUGCCCUUUGACUAAUUUCCACGCAUAUAUGUCAUAUAUAGCUCAAUCCUUGAUUUUAUUUUUAAUUUCGAGUGGAAUCGGUUUUCCUUUAGUUAUAUCUGCAAUUCAUUAUUGUUGUUUUAGAAAUUCAUGCAAAAAUGAGAGCAAAGUAAUUCCAGAAACCCAGAAUAUAGCAUAA